CCGCCGCCGCCGCGGGAGCCAGAGCUGCCGGGCGGAGCAGCAUCCGCGCCAGACUGGAGCGGGAGGGCGGCGGAGCGCAGUUGCUGGGAAUUUUUCAGCCGAGAGGGCGAGCGAUCCAGCGCGAGACCCCGCGAGCUCAGGAGCGGCAGGGAGCGCGGGCGCCCCAGCGAGCGGAGCAAACCUCGAGAUAAUCUAGAAAGCCAGGUUCCCGGAGGAAAUGGGACUGUGAACGAACCGGGGAGCAAGAAGGGAAGGAAGCGCCAGGAUUGCUGAUGUCAGAGGAGCCCGGAAAGUCGCGCUGGAAAAAUCUGAAGACAGCCGGGGAUCUGCUUCUUCCCCAGGAGAGACACCGCCAGCCACCCCCACACGCCCCCUCGGCGCCUCGGGGUGCCUCACGCGAACCGGCUACAGCUCCCGGCGGGGCUGCUGCGGGGCGACGGAGGACAGAGGGGCGCGCGGACCGGAGACCGAGGGGCCACUUCAGGAAUACAGAUAAGUGGCUGGUGGCUUGACGUGGAUUUUAAUGAAUCUGGACUCCAUGUGGAUUUGGCCGUCCCUGUGAUUCCGAACUGCGGGCAGGGAGAGGGACACCCGCCGCCCUCGGCAGCCGGCGGCCCAGGCGGACCGAGCAGGGACGGAAGGACAGACCGACGUCGCUGAGCUGGAACCAUGUGAGGGCCAAGCUAGGAAGGUGAAGUAGAAGAACACAAAGGAGUGGUCUCCUCCACCUGGCCCCUCUCAGGAUGGAACAGAGGCGGCCCUGGCCAUGGGCCCCACAGAUUGACAGCCGGUCUGUGGUCCUACUCUCCGCCUUCUGGGUGCUGCUGGCCCCACCAGCGGCCAGCAUGCCUCAGUUCAGCACCUUCCACUCAGAGAACCGCGACUGGACCUUCAACCACUUGACUGUGCACCACGGGACAGGGGCCGUGUAUGUGGGGGCCAUCAACCGGGUCUACAAGCUGACAGGCAACCUGACCAUCCAGGUAGCUCACAAGACAGGGCCCGAGGAGGACAACAAGUCUUGCUACCCACCCCUGAUCGUGCAGCCCUGCAGCGAGGUGCUCACCCUCACCAACAACGUCAACAAGCUGCUCAUCAUCGACUACUCUGAGAACCGCCUGCUGGCCUGUGGCAGCCUCUACCAGGGCGUCUGCAAGCUGCUGCGGCUCGACGACCUCUUCAUCUUGGUGGAGCCGUCCCACAAGAAGGAGCACUACCUGUCCAGUGUCAACAAGACCGGCACCAUGUACGGCGUGAUCGUGCGCUCCGAGGGGGAGGACGGCAAGCUCUUCAUCGGCACGGCGGUGGACGGCAAGCAGGAUUAUUUCCCCACGCUGUCCAGCCGGAAGCUGCCCCGCGACCCGGAGUCCUCGGCCAUGCUGGACUAUGAGCUCCACAGCGAUUUCGUCUCCUCCCUCAUCAAGAUCCCCUCUGACACCUUGGCCCUGGUCUCACACUUUGACAUCUUCUACAUCUAUGGCUUCGCCAGCGGGGGCUUCGUGUACUUUCUCACUGUCCAGCCUGAGACCCCCGAGGGUGUGGCCAUCAACUCUGCUGGGGACCUCUUCUACACCUCCCGCAUCGUGCGUCUCUGCAAGGAUGACCCCAAGUUCCACUCCUACGUGUCCCUGCCCUUUGGCUGCACACGCGCCGGGGUGGAAUACCGCCUCCUGCAGGCUGCUUACCUUGCCAAACCCGGGGACGCGCUGGCCCAGGCCUUCAAUAUCAGCAGCCAGGAUGAUGUGCUCUUCGCCAUCUUCUCCAAAGGGCAGAAGCAGUACCACCACCCACCCGACGACUCCGCCCUCUGUGCCUUCCCCAUCCGGGCCAUCAAUUUGCAGAUCAAGGAGCGCCUGCAGUCUUGCUACCAGGGCGAGGGCAACCUGGAACUCAACUGGCUGCUGGGGAAAGAUGUGCAGUGCACCAAAGCGCCGGUCCCCAUCGAUGACAACUUCUGUGGACUGGACAUCAAUCAGCCCCUUGGAGGCUCCACUCCAGUGGAGGGCCUGACCCUCUAUACCACCAGUCGGGACCGUAUGACCUCCGUGGCCUCCUACGUUUACAACGGCUACAGUGUGGUUUUUGUGGGGACCAAGAGUGGCAAGCUGAAGAAGAUUCGAGCUGAUGGUCCCCCCCAUGGUGGGGUCCAGUAUGAGAUGGUCUCUGUGCUCAAAGAUGGGAGUCCCAUCCUCCGUGACAUGGCUUUCUCCAUUGAUCAGCGCUACCUAUACGUCAUGUCUGAGAGACAGGUCACCAGGGUCCCUGUGGAGUCAUGCGAACAGUACACGACCUGUGGGGAGUGCCUGAGCUCGGGGGACCCUCACUGUGGCUGGUGCACCCUGCACAACAUGUGUUCCCGCAGGGACAAGUGCCAGCGGGCCUGGGAACCAAAUCGAUUUGCUGCCAGCAUCAGCCAGUGCAUGAGCCUCGCAGUGCAUCCCAGCAGCAUCUCCGUGUCUGAGCACAGCCGGUUGCUCAGCCUGAUUGUGAGUGAUGCUCCUGAUCUCUCCACCGGCAUCGCCUGUGCCUUUGGGAACCUGACAGAGGUAGAGGGGCAGGUGUCCGGGAGCCAGGUCAUCUGUGUCUCACCUGGGCCCAAGGAUGUCCCUGUCAUCCCUCUGGAUCAGGACUGGUUUGGGCUAGAGCUUCAGCUGAGAUCCAAGGAGACAGGAAAGAUAUUUGUCAGCACCGAGUUCAAAUUUUACAACUGCAGCGCCCACCAACUGUGCCUGUCCUGUGUCAACAGCGCCUUCCGCUGCCAUUGGUGCAAAUACCGCAACCUCUGCACUCAUGACCCCACCACCUGCUCCUUCCAAGAGGGCCGGAUCAAUAUUUCAGAGGACUGUCCCCAGCUGGUGCCCACAGAGGAAAUCCUGAUUCCAGUCGGGGAGGUGAAACCAAUCACCCUUAAGGCUCGAAACUUGCCCCAGCCUCAGUCCGGCCAGCGAGGCUACGAGUGUGUUCUCAACAUCCAGGGGGCCAUUCACCGCGUCCCUGCCCUGCGCUUCAACAGCUCCAGUGUCCAGUGUCAGAACAGUUCGUACCAGUAUGAUGGGAUGGACAUCAGCAACCUGGCCGUGGACUUCGCCGUGGUGUGGAAUGGCAAUUUCAUCAUUGACAACCCUCAGGACUUGAAAGUGCACCUCUAUAAAUGUGCAGCCCAGCGGGAGAGCUGUGGGCUCUGCCUCAAGGCCGACCGCAAGUUCGAGUGUGGCUGGUGCAGCGGUGAGCGCAGAUGCACCCUCCACCAGCACUGUACCAGCCCCGCCAGUCCCUGGCUCGACUGGUCCAGCCACAAUGUCAAGUGCUCCAACCCCCAAAUCACUGAGAUCUUGACAGUAUCAGGACCACCCGAAGGAGGAACUCGAGUGACCAUCCAUGGCGUGAACUUGGGCCUGGACUUCUCUGAGAUCGCUCACCACGUGCAGGUGGCUGGGGUGCCCUGCACACCCCUCCCAGGGGAAUACAUCAUCGCUGAGCAGAUCGUCUGUGAGAUGGGCCAUGCCCUCGUGGGAACAGCCUCUGGGCCAGUGCGCCUGUGCAUUGGCGAGUGCAAGCCGGAGUUCAUGACCAAGUCUCAUCAACAGUACACCUUCGUGAACCCUUCCGUGCUGUCACUCAACCCCAUCCGAGGGCCAGAGUCUGGAGGCACCAUGGUGACCAUCACAGGCCAUUACCUUGGUGCUGGGAGCCGCGUGGCAGUAUACCUGGGCAACCAGACCUGCGAGUUCUACGGGAGGUCAAUGAACGAGAUCGUGUGUGUCUCACCCCCAUCAGCCAACGGACUGGGCCCAGUCCCUGUUUCCGUGAGCGUGGACAGGGCCCGUGUGGAUAACAGCCUGCAGUUUGAGUACAUAGAUGACCCUCGGGUCCAGCGCAUUGAGCCAGAGUGGAGCAUCGCCAGCGGCCACACACCCCUGACCAUCACAGGCUUCAACCUGGAUGUCAUUCAGGAGCCAAGGAUCCGGGUCAAGUUUAAUGGCAAAGAAUCUGUCAAUGUGUGUAAAGUUGUGAACACAACCACCCUGACCUGCCUGGCACCCUCCCUGACCACCGACUACCGGCCAGGCUUGGACACUGUGGAGCGGCCAGAUGAGUUCGGAUUCGUCUUUAACAACGUCCAGUCCUUGCUGAUUUACAACGACACCAAGUUCAUCUACUACCCCAACCCCACCUUUGAACUGCUCAGCCCUACAGGAGUCUUGGAUCAAAAGCCAGGAUCGCCCAUCAUCCUGAAGGGCAAAAACCUCUGUCCACCUGCCUCUGGAGGGGCAAAGCUUAACUACACCGUGCUGAUUGGAGAGACCCCUUGCGCUGUCACAGUGUCUGAAACGCAGCUCCUCUGUGAACCCCCCAACCUCACGGGGCAACACAAGGUCAUGGUUCACGUGGGCGGGAUGGUGUUCUCGCCUGGCUCGGUGAGUGUCAUCUCAGACAGCUUGCUGACCCUGCCAGCCAUCGUCAGCAUCGCGGCCGGUGGCAGCCUCCUGCUUAUCAUCGUCAUCAUCGUCCUCAUCGCCUACAAACGCAAGUCUCGCGACGACCUCACGCUCAAGCGGCUCCAAAUGCAGAUGGACAACCUGGAGUCCCGCGUGGCCCUGGAGUGUAAGGAAGCUUUUGCUGAGCUCCAGACAGACAUCAAUGAGCUAACCAGCGACCUGGACCGCUCAGGAAUCCCCUACCUGGACUAUCGUACCUAUGCCAUGAGGGUCCUGUUCCCAGGCAUUGAGGACCACCCCGUCCUGCGGGAGCUGGAGGUGCAGGGGAACGGGCAGCAGCACGUGGAGAAAGCCCUGAAGCUCUUCGCCCAGCUCAUCAACAACAAGGUGUUCCUGUUGACCUUCAUCCGCACCCUGGAACUGCAGCGCAGCUUCUCCAUGCGCGACCGAGGCAACGUGGCUUCGCUCAUCAUGACCGGUCUGCAGGGCCGCCUGGAGUACGCCACUGAUGUCCUCAAGCAGCUGCUGUCUGACCUCAUUGACAAGAACCUGGAGAACAAGAACCACCCCAAGCUGCUUCUCCGGAGGACCGAGUCUGUGGCCGAGAAGAUGCUGACCAAUUGGUUUGCCUUCCUCCUGCAUAAGUUCCUGAAGGAGUGCGCUGGGGAACCGCUCUUCAUGCUGUACUGCGCCAUCAAGCAGCAGAUGGAGAAGGGCCCCAUUGAUGCCAUCACGGGCGAGGCCCGCUACUCCCUGAGCGAGGACAAGCUCAUUCGGCAGCAGAUCGAGUACAAGACCCUGAUCCUGAACUGUGUCAACCCAGACAAUGAGAACAGUCCUGAGAUCCCAGUGAAGGUGCUGAACUGUGACACCAUCACGCAGGUCAAGGAGAAGAUCCUGGACGCCGUGUAUAAGAAUGUGCCCUACUCCCAGCGGCCCAGGGCCGUGGACAUGGACUUGGAGUGGCGCCAAGGCCGGAUCGCCCGGGUUGUGCUGCAGGAUGAGGACAUCACCACCAAAAUUGAGGGCGACUGGAAGCGGCUCAACACCCUGAUGCAUUAUCAGGUAUCAGACCGGUCGGUGGUAGCUCUGGUUCCCAAACAGACCUCCUCCUACAACAUCCCUGCCUCUGCCAGCAUCUCCCGGACGUCCAUCAGCAGAUACGACUCCUCCUUCAGGUACACGGGCAGUCCCGACAGCCUGCGGUCCAGAGCCCCAAUGAUCACUCCAGACCUGGAGAGUGGGGUCAAGGUGUGGCAUCUGGUGAAGAACCAUGACCAUGGUGACCAGAAGGAGGGUGACCGGGGCAGCAAGAUGGUGUCUGAGAUCUACCUGACUCGGCUACUGGCCACCAAGGGCACCCUCCAGAAGUUCGUGGACGACUUGUUUGAGACCUUGUUCAGCACUGUGCACCGGGGCAGCGCUCUCCCCCUGGCUAUCAAAUACAUGUUUGAUUUCCUGGAUGAGCAGGCAGACAGACACAGCAUCCACGACACAGAUGUGCGGCACACCUGGAAAAGCAACUGCCUCCCUCUGCGCUUCUGGGUGAACGUCAUCAAGAACCCCCAGUUUGUGUUUGACAUCCACAAGGGCAGCAUCACGGACGCCUGCCUGUCUGUGGUGGCCCAGACCUUCAUGGACUCCUGCUCCACGUCGGAGCACCGGCUGGGCAAGGACUCCCCCUCCAACAAGCUGCUCUAUGCCAAGGACAUCCCCAGCUACAAGAGCUGGGUAGAGAGAUACUAUGCAGACAUUGCCAAGCUCCCCGCCAUCAGCGACCAGGACAUGAACGCCUACCUCGCAGAGCAGUCACGCCUGCACGCCGUGGAGUUCAACAUGCUGAGUGCCCUCAACGAGAUCUACUCCUACGUCAGCAAGUACAGUGAGGAGCUCAUUGGGGCACUAGAGCAAGAUGAGCAGGCCCGGCGGCAGCGGCUGGCAUACAAGGUGGAGCAGCUCAUUAGUGCCAUGUCCAUUGAGAGCUGAGAGGAGGGGACCAAAUUCCUGGGAAGAUGGACCCACACGAGCUGUCACACUGGAGUCUCUCGGAAGGAAGGACAGUAAAGGGGAUCAGGCCCCAGAGCUUGCGGCCCCUGAGACCCCACCCCGGAAAGAGGGGAGGGCCCCUCUCCGGACGCCAGCAGGUUUCCUCACAGCCAGUUCCUGCCAGAAAAGGCCGCGGCCACCAUUCAUCCACAGCCAGAACAAGAGACGAGGGCCGGCGAGGAGAAGGUGGCUCUUCCAGCGAGAGGCUAGAGCCGGGAUGGCCCUGCCUCCGUGACUGCUGCUUUGCAUGAAAACUCCUUUGAUGUAUAUUGGGGAAAUAAUGAGAACUUUAUUUAAUUUUUUUUAAGAAAAAGGAAAAAAAAAUACAGAAAUAAAACAAAACAAAAAGCUGCCCUGUUCAUCCCGUCCAACUUUUGUUUAAUUCUGAUUUCUGCCCCCGUCUGUCCCCUCAUCUCUCCUCCUUCAUGUAACUCCUCUUUCUGAAUGUCAGGAAAAUCUACAAAGAGAGGCUGAGAGAAACGGAGGGGGGAAACGGUCUCCUUUCCUGUGACAAAAAAACAAAACAAGGAGGAGGAGGAGAACAAAUGAGCACAAGUUCCAACCAAACUCUUCGCAGAGAGGCCAGUAGAACCUGGAGCCCUCCCAACGUCCAGGAGAGCGUGGGGACCGCAGAACUUUGCACAGAACUGCAAAGCCAUCCAGUGGCUCGGCCUGGCUGGCAGGAAGCUGAGCUUUACCUACCACACACCUGUGUGUUCUCAUCUCUUGAGAGGAGGGCUGUAUCUGUGUCAUACCAAUGCUUUUUGCUACUGUUUUUGGUUUAUUGAAUCCUGAUCCUCAACAACUGAGGAUCUGGUCUUUGGUUCUUUUCCUUUUGCUUUUCCUAAAAUUAACAUGGGAAGUGGGGAAAGGUCAGCUUCUCCCAGACCAGACACCUGGCCUCCCUGAGGAUGCUGAGCAGCUCUGCCCCACAUCAGUCCCUGUCACAACCCAGGCACCUUGGGGAACCGCUUGGAGGGUGUGCAGCCCGGGCCUCAAGGAGGUGUCCUGUGGGAGUUGAAUCCAGGACACAGAUGCAUGGCACUGGAUUCCAUGCUAAUCAUCUGGUGGUUUCUGGCAAUUAAACAGAAAGCAAAAAUCAAACACUGUUUACAGCAAGCAAUACUUGAAGAGCAUAGGUUUAAGAAGCUUCGGUAUUUAUUGUUACACUUUCUUUCUUUCAUUCUCUCGUGCCUGGAGAGGGGAGACAACCCUUCGAUUGUAUGAGGACACAUUUGGAAGCUCCUGGCCACCUGGGCUUACGACACCUGCUUCAACAGGAAUGACUGCAGCAUCCCCACAUUGCUGUCUUCUGCCUCUCAUGGACAUGUGGGUUGGAAGGACAAGCGGAUGGUUUCUCCAUGGGCUCCUUUCCUGUUCUCUCUCCUGUGGACACCUAAAACCAGCCACAGCCAGAUCUCCUGAGUACAGUUUUCAAACGGAGACCGAAGCUUCAUGCUUGGGUCCAGAGUCCCCCAAAGAAGCCAGUGGGAGUCACCCAGAGGAAGAUAGCUCUGUGGCAACAGGACAUUGGUGACUAGGGUAUCCACCAGGAAGCCCAGGCCUCCCACCUUGGCAUGGAUCCUCUGCAGGCCACAUUGCACGAGAAAGACCAAGGGUGGAAAGGAAGAGGCAGGAGACAACGCUCUCCCCUUCCCAUCUUUGCUCUUCAAGGGGUCAGGAAUCCCAGACUGCAAUGUUGGGAGACUGGAUCAGCUGCCCUGAGAGAGAGAGAGAGAGAGAGAGAGAGAGAGAGAGAGAGAGAGAGAUUGGACUGGCAUGAUUUCCUCUGUCAUGAACUCUGGGCCCCAGCCUUUCUCUGCCCUGCUAUACCUCCAGGCAAUACUGGUUUCCAAAGGCUCUGCUGACCACAUGUGAUUCCCAGGAAAGGGCUGGGGGGAGAGAGCUCAGAGAGCUGGCUUCCAUCCUUGGCGUGUGGCUUUGGAUCACUGUCUAACCACACAGCGGACGUCGCCUGGUCUCUUCAGCUCCAGUUUCUUGCCUGAAUGCAGCUGACAAAUGGGAAGAGAAAAGCAUUCAGCAAAACACUCAGGAAACUUGCUGUUUUCAUUAUAAUUCACAACCAGCCAUGCCAAGGCCACUUUCUUCUGAUAAUCUACUUCUGUUAAAGUUUCUUGGGGCCCUAUUAAUAGCCUGAAAGAAAUACUAAUGACUGGCCUUCCACACUAAGCCAAAGUGUCUGCUCUUCACAGCACCCAAAGCUUAUCAGCUCAGAGCCCAUAAUUUAUGGAAAUGGAAGGAGAGGAGAUAUGGGCAAGAAGAAUGUGAGCGGGAGACUUUGUGCAGUCCAUGAAAAAUUCCAUCCCACCCUCGUUUCACUUCUGAGCUAUGUUUGAAUGGUUUUCUGAUCGCACUGCUAUACAAGCUGGCAAUCAGUCUUUGUUACCCCCAAGAAGUAAAAGAAAGUCAGAUUUCUCUUUGAACAGCAUCUUACUCAAACCUCACCUCUGUGCAUCUACCUGAUGUCUCCCAGCAGCCACUCUGGGUGACCACUCACUGCACCUGGGAUGCUUUCUUGAAGGUGUGUGGAGACUGUGCAGAAUGAGGGGGGCGGCUGGCUGGAGAGGGGCGAGGAAAGGAGCCAGAGUCAGCUGUGAGUGGCCUGGCCACAUUUCUCAGGAUUCCAUGAGAGGGUUGGGGAACUUGAACUUGUAAAGAAAAUGGCAGAGGAGUAUCCUUACGGAGAGAAUUAAGAAAAAGGAAAACUCAGCUGGACACAAACCAACCAUGAAGGCAAAUGGUUGUGGAACCUUGGCCCGGUUCUAGCUUCCCACCUAACACCUCCUCCACCAACUCUUUGCUUGGGGCCACCAAGAACCUGUGAAAUGGGGAGGAGAGGGAGUUGGGUGACCUCUCUUCUGGCUCUUAUCCAAUUUGAGGAUAUUUUAGUCUUGCGUAAAGAAGUAUUAAAGCCACAGCUCCUCCCUGUAAGAAGCCAUCCAUCUUGGGUGAAGACAGGAAGUCUCUCUCUUUAGUCUAUCCAGCUCUGCUUUGUUUCAUUGAUCUGCCCAAGACAGUUCUCUAGGAAAGGAACAGGACUCCAGAAGGGUUUGGCUAGACAGAGGAUGCCAAUGGACAACAUGGGGACCAGAUCCCUCCAGCUGAACCCUGUUGCCAUCUCCCGCCCUCCUCAUGGGUCAGGUGCUUCUGUGUCAGCUCUCCUACCUCUUCGCAUAGCGCCUCUCUCAAAACCAUUUCUGAUCUGCCUCUCCUUACAGAGUCCAGUCCUUAAAAGCAUGGAUGAGCUGUGAACCUCACUGGAGGGAGGAAACUAUUUCCUGCAUCCAUUCAUUUGGGGAAUCUUGAGCAGCAACUAUCUGCCAAGCACUGCUCUAGAUGAUGGAAAGCAAAGCAAGACCAAGAAGGUCCUUCUACAAAUGUAUAUUCCUCUGGCUGCCUGUUCCACCACCAAAGAGCAGGCACAGGUCUCCCCCACUGGCAGAGGGCACCAUUGGCAUACAAAAGGGGAUGCAGUGAAGGAAGAAAGCAACCCACCCAGCUGCCUUAUCUUAUCCUGGGGACAUUCCCCCAGCAAUGAGAGCUGCUCUCUUUUCUACUGCCACUGGCUCUUCUGGUGGCACUUCCCCUGCUGCUUGAGCUUCUGACCCCUCAAUUCCACCAAAUGAGGACAAGAAAUAGCAAUCAAGGCCCCUGGCCCUUCUGAUCACAGAGCAGAAGCAAUGUGGGGAGGGGUGUGCAAAGAGUCUAGAUGACCUGGACCGAAUAAGCAGGGGAUGUUGGACAGCCCCUGGCUGAUCCAUCUUCAAGAGCAUCCUAGUCAUCACACCUGUCCCUUUUGCCUGCUGCCAGGAAGCACUGAGCUGGCAGCUACUGAGGCCCCUUUUCUCCCAGCCACACUGUGUCACGGUGAGACUCCUGGGACCUGGACAAAGGGAAGAAUUGAGAUGCAGGGGACUCUGUAGGUGAGAAAAUGCAAAGUAGUCUCAUGGACUGUGGGAGAAGAUGUGGGGUGCAGAGGACUUGGGAGGUGAAGUUGAGGGCCUUCCGACGCCCCAUCUCAGGAAUGUUCUUGGAGAGAACGGUGCCAUUCUUUUCAUCACUCCAAUCUCUUUUCCCCAUCUCCAUCCUUUUUUCCUGGUUUCCCCAGAGUGAAGUUUUAGCAUCUGGGGCUCAGUGAAGGAUGCCCAUGAAUGAAGGAUGAAGUUUCACUCUUGGUACUUUCAAACUAGUCCUAGGGCAUGUCCUGAGAGGCCAUCAAGACCUCUGCUUGUAAGACAGGGCCUUAGCCCAGUAAGCAAACUGGAGAUCCCUCGGCUUUCUGUGGCCACCACAUCUUACUGCUCCUCACAGCGAAGCUCUCCCUCCUGAUGGAACCAUGUCCUCUGAGCUGCCAUGCAGCCUGCUGCCCACUGUCCCGGCCCAAGGAAGGUGGGACGCUUCUUCCAGAGCUCAGUCAAGGUCCUCACUCUGACUUCGUUUGUCCUCCACAUUGACAUCAAAGGUGGAGAGCAUAAUGGGGCAGUGUCCCCACUAAACCGAACAGAUGUUCCUGAGCAGACAGGAAAAGAAGUGACAAGCUCUUUAUACCACAGGACUAGGGACCAGAACCCACCUGCCUUUCCCCUGCUCCUCCUACUCAGACCCACUCCCCUUGACACACUGGAAUCUGUACUAUAUCUAUUUUUAAGAAAAUACAAUGAUGGUUGUCUGGUUUUGUUGUUUUUACAGGUGUUGUGGAAUAAUAAGAAAAUUAAGUAUUUAAAAUGUUCCAAUAAAAUGGAAUUUUUUUGUUAUUCUAAUA